AUGAAACGAGCGAUUAAUUGGGUCAAGGGCUUCCGCAUGACCGUUGGUAACCCGUCAACAAACACACUCAACGGCACAAAGAAGGGCCUGGCAUACACGUGCUUGCAAACCAUCCUCACUAGAGGUUAUGAGACUCCUGACUUCCCUAAAGAGCCCUGCCCUGCCGGUAUCAUGGCGAUUCAGUAA